GUUGACAAAGUUGCUGAGUUGGUGGCCAGGUGGUUCUACUGUGCCCUGAGCCAGGAGAAGCUGCGCCGGCCCAUCGUGGCCUGUGAGCUGGGCAGGCUGUACAACAAAGAUGCCAUCAUUGAAUAUUUGUUGGACAAGUCCCCUGAUAAAACCCCCAUGGAAUCUGCAUCCCAUAUCAAAAGCAUUAAGAACGUGACAGAGCUGCAGCUGGUGGAUAACCCAGCCUGGUGUGGGGACAAGGAGAGCAUCAAGGGGGACAAGUACGACGACCUGCAGGCUGCACGCUUCAUCUGCCCCGUGGUGGGGCUGGAGAUGAACGGCAGGCACAGGUUUUGCUUCCUGAGGAACUGUGGCUGUGUGUUCUCUGAGCGUGCUCUCAAGGAAAUCAAAGCAGAAGUUUGUCACAAGUGUGGUGUUCCCUUUCAAGAGGAAGAUGUGAUUGUCCUUAAUGGUAAUAAAGAGGAUGUGGAAAUUCUGAAGAAAAGGAUGGAGGAAAGAAGACUUAAAAGUAAAUUGGAAAAGAAAUCAAAGAAAGGCAAGACAGCAGCAGCAGCUUCCCAGCAAGAGCCCUCUGCAGGUCCUUCAAAAGCUAAGAGUGGAAAGGAUUGUGUCAAUUCCAGCUCUGGGGAAAGCAGGCAGAUAAUCUUCACCAAAAGUUCAGGUUGGUGGUUAAUCCUGAUGUGAAAAUGGGGCCAGAUU